GCACUUUUCUUCUCUUCACGGCGCGCGCCGCUUAUCACGCCACUUCUAAGCCGGUGAUUUUCUUCAAAUCUAUCAUGAGUUACAUGUUUUGGAUUUACACGCACGAAUCUUUGCUUGGAUUGAAAAAAAAAUGCACAGUGCUUUUGUUUCCAAAUCUUUUUAAAUAUUAACAAGUUGUCAUGUCAUAUCUGAGUCACGGAGGAGAGAGAUUCACACUCAGAGGAACGCAGCGGAGCGCAGAAGUGCAGCAUCCCUGUGAGUCCGGGGGUGUCAGAGGACAAAGCUGCGGGUGUCACCCUCAAGAGCGCCCUGCACCCGAGGGUGCCGGAGGGUCCCCACGUUGGAACAUGUGCCAGAGAGCAACGGACAGGGUUCCGUCCUUCAGGUCCCUCCGUGGUCCCGGAGGAGACCGCAUCACGUGCAGCACUUUGCACAGAGGGACGGCCAGUCCCGGGUUUGGAAAGUCCGACAGGAAAGUUCUGUGUUGUGAGAAAUGCUCGGCCACCCUCGUUUCUCUGAAGAAACAAGCUCUGAGUCUGGCUGUUCACCACCACUUCUCCUGCAAGGACUCUGGAGACCUGUCUGCAUUUCUCCGUGACAACCUCCGCGUCCACAGUCGGUCUACUGCCGAAUCCAGGGAAAGAGACAGAGAGCAGGGCCAGUGUGGAUCCUGUGGGGUAAACCUGGACCAGCUCAAGGAAGAGGCCGCGCACUUGGCUCUGAACAGGGGUCAGCCGUCGGUGAAACCUUCCUUUGAACCCGGCCUCAGUGCCGGCAGACCGCUAGGACAAAGUGAGACAAAAUCUGGAGACGUGACUUUGAGGCAGACUGCCGCUGCCGGACAUGAGCCACGGAGUCAGACCCACAGCCCACAGAGCCCCAGGACGCCACAGAGGACCCCUCAAACCCUCAGACGGCGGGGACCCAGGCUCCUCAACCCUGACAUGAACCGCUGGGUUGAGGAACAGCAGCAGCUGGUCGCAUCUGCCACUAAAACCGGGUCAAUGUUUCGCAGUGAGGGUGUCAGCAGCUACACUUACAAUCAGAGUGCAGAUGAAGCCCCACUGUGCCACGGUGACACCGGGACCAUUCAGACUACCUCAAAGAUUCCUCACCUCUCCAAAGUGGUCAACAUUGCAAACUCUGCUGCCAUGUCAUUUUUAGCCAGGGCUGCAGAGAAGCUCAGCCUGACAUUGAAGAAAAAAGGACAGACCUCGCAUUCUGCUUCUGCUCAUCUCUCCACCUGCUUCAGGGAAAUGAUCCAGAAAAACCCUCCGCCUGUUCCCUCCUGCCUGCUCCAAGCUGUCACCAAAACCAAACUCUCACCCAGUGUUGCCAAGCUCAAAGUCGUGCUGCGAGUGAACCCGACCCUUCCAGGGGGCCAACCUGUUCUCCGAAUCGACCCAUCAAAGAAAAGAGUCACUGUAAUGGAGCCAAUUUGCAAAAGCCAAACACACACUGAGAUGGCACAAGGCAGGCAAGGAAAAUCUCUCCUGAAGACCUUCACCUUUGAUGCCGUCUACCCUCAAGACUCAAGUCAGGCCGAAGUGUGUGCUGGUGUUUUGACUGACGUCAUCCGCUGUGUGGUCAGCGGCAGCAAUGGAUGUGUUCUGGGUUUGGGAUACGCCGAUGUUGGCUCUUGGUCCAGCAUGGUGGGGAACGAUGAAAGCAUCCAAAAGCUCGGCCUGAUCCCGUGUGCCAUUUCCUGGCUGUACAGCACCAUCGAGCGGCGGCGGGAGAAGACAUGGACGGAUUUGAUUGUAUCUGUGUCUGCCAUCGAACUGUGCUGUGGGGAGGACGACGUACUGAGGGAUCUGCUGGGGGAGGUCGUCCCGUCUUCAGCCAACAUCCAGGACAGCCCUGCAGCCUACGUCAGCCUGCAUGAGGAUCCCGUCUACGGGAUACAGCUCCGUAAGCACAACAGGGUGAAAGCUCAGACUGCUGAGCGGGCAGCUUCCCUCUUGGAUGCGGCCAUUGCAGCGCGUCGCCAUGGUGACAUUGCCACGCCUUUAGCCUACAGCUCAAUAAUGUUCUUCACUCUCCAUGUCCAGCCGCCUCGGACAGAGUGCAGCACCAUCGGCAAAGGGUCACGCAGACCUUCCAAGUUGACCCUGAUCGAUGUGUGCAGUGGACACGGCAAAAGCAAACAUCCUCAUUCAGAACUGGGCCCCGUUAUCUUGUCUUUACUGAGUGGACAUAACACCACCCACAACAUUGGUAGCAAAUUGUCUAUGCUCCUUCGGGAGGCCUUGGGUCAUGUCAACUGCCACACCACAAUCAUCGCUCAGGUUUCCGACUCACUAGCGCACCUACAAGAGGUGUUUUCCACCAUCCAGCUGGCUUCACGCAUCCGUAGGACACAGCAAAAGGCAAAGCAGUCAACGUCUUGUUCUCCUUGUGGAAGAAGUUUGAGUAAAGAGAAGAUAGGGACACGGUCUCUGUCCUUACGUGCAUUCCACUCUACCGGUGAGGUAAAUCUGGACAUUCCUCAUGUCCGUCUGCCCAUUGAGCUUGAUGAGCGCUCCAACAGUGACCAGUCCUGUGACACAGUUAUUAAAAUGGACUCAAAUGGGUUGGUUCAGCACAAAGUAGCUCCGAUUCUGGAGCUGCCCAAAUUCGUCCCUAUCAUACCUUCAUUGCAUCCUAACAAGGCUGACAUGGACGACCCAGAAUUUGUUGCUCUCCUCCAAGAGCUUCUGAAAAUUCCUCAACUCCGGGGUGAGAAAAAGAAAGAAGAAAAUAUUCAAGGGCACACUGAAGUGCGGAAAGAAGAAACAAAGCAGCCAGAGAGGGACUGUCUGAAAUGUGAUACGUUUGCUGAAUUACAAGAGCGACUGGACUGCAUUGACGGAAGUGAGACCAACGAGGAUGUAAUCAAGCCAUUGACAAAAGUCCCCGUUGUUGGCAAUAUCACAACAAAACCACAUCUGCAGAAAGACGCAGAGAAGCAGACAGACACCGACUCAUCAGUACCACAACAGACGGUGCCAUUGAACCCUUUAGGCUGCAGUCAGACCUCUGUCGGAGAGAAGCAACCAGAUGGUACAUUCCCUGGAGACAACUUCCAGAGAGAGGAUUCGGGUCUGUAUGACUGUGAAGAGUGCGGUGCAACCAGCUCCAGUGAGGAACUGUUGAAUCAAACUCACACUCUUAGUAAGACCUCUCAAACCCCUGAGGUACAUGACCCCAGAACUGUAAACUCAGGUAACAAAGUGUCACCCCAGAAAUGUGAUUUAGAUCCUCACACUGUGGUUGUUCCCAGUUUACAUAGUGUUGCACCCCAACUCAGCGGGAAUCAGGGCAUACAUGAAGCGUCUGAAUGCCGAAAACCCGACAAAAGGACUUCACCAGUUGGCAUGAGUUCCCCCACAGUCCCUUCAACUUCACAUUCUGUAAAUACCAGUGUUAUACCGUAUUUCCCAAAAGAAGAAGUUAAAGAAGUGAAAGCCACUAUCACGGUGACGGUUCAACAGCCACUUGACCAUAAGGGCCAAGAUGAACUUGUCUUCUCUAUGGUUGAGGAGGUGACUAUUAGUGGAGCAACAGACAGGGUUAGGACAGGCGGCAACAUUAUUUGCAUCAGAGAUGCUUCCCAGUCAAUAGCACAUGAUCAGGUCUCUGCCAGCUCUCAACCAAUCAGAAUAAUCAGCAAUGUCAAUGAAGAAAAUACAGGAUGUUCUAAUAUUGUCAAAAGCUCUGUAGUUCCAGAAAGCAACAUGCAAAAGCCCCAGUAUCAGAUUCUAAGAGAAAAUCAGUCUCUACCUUCAUUUAUAAAUCCCAUGUUGAUUCAUACGGAUACAGAAUAUGGAUUAGAUAAUAUAAAAGAAAGUGACAAUCCUUGUGAGAAUUUUACAGGUGUAAAGUCAAGGUCUGACCUCAUUAGAAAUCAGGUGAAAUGUUUAGAAGAUGGGAGAGCUCUUGAAGAGAACAGUGCGGCUUUUGCAAGUGACUUGCCUCUUUGCCGAAUGCACUACAACACAACUGCUUUAGAAAAUUCAGCUUUAUACUGUGAUGCUGUAGACAACAAAAUGUGUUUAAGGAGGUCCAAAACUACAGGUAGGAACCAGCCUAGAGACAGGGAGCCUGUUUAUUGCCAUAACACAGAAAAGGUCUCAAUGGGAGCAGGAAACGAUUGCAGGCUUGUUGGGAAAGCCCCAGAGAGAACUGGCAACUCACCUGGUUGCCAAGAAACCACAUUUGCUUCCUUUGAAACCACAAGUCUGACUAAGGGCUGGCAAACAGCCAACCACCAGGAUAGCUGCAAUGGUGAUCACAUCGUAGACGGUGAACGAAACCCAAUAGGGGUGACAUCAUCCACACCUAACAGCCCUCGGGUAACCCUGGAGAGGAGGCAGGGCAGACACGACUCAGCCAACAACAGCUUCCAUGUUCCCUCAGGGUAUAGACAAGAGGCUAGUAGCCUUCCUAGAAAGGGUUUAGGGUCUUUAUUUGAAGCCUCAAGUCUAAGCAGGAAGCACAAUAGUGCAUAUGGAAGGUCGAAGACACCCAUUGAGGAAAGUAGCAGGCUUUUCAGUGCCAAGCUCGACCAGGUGACACGUAGAAUGAAUGCCACUGGGAGGAUACCAGUUGCAGACUUUUCAACUGUAGACAGGCAUGGGAGCAACACCUCCAUCAGCUCAAGAGGGAGCUCCAAGGGAAGCACUGGGGACAUUUGUACGGGAGGUUACAAAGCAAGUAAUGGGAGAGAUUCUACUAUACCAAGGGCUAGCAGAAGCUUUAAGAAAAAUCCUCGUUCUACCCACGUUGAUCCUUUCUUUGCUUCUGAACACCACCUCCCUCACUCUCUUAAAAGUACCCAUUGCAAGCUCUCUGCUGUGGGGAAGCUUAAGAUGGUUAGCCCCAAACAUCGUCGGCUGUCGGCCCCUAAUACCAAGAAUCUGACUCUCUCCCACAAAGGCUUGCAACAGUCCAUCAACCGCAGUGCCAGUCUUUCAUCAGAUGGGAAAACAGUUAGCUUUGAGCGGACGUCUUCCUUUCUCUCAUCCUCCCCUCCGCGGUCCCACCAGUUUCUCAGCCGGACACCAAGCCAGAGCUCCACAUGCUCAUCCACAAAAUCUGUAAUUCAGGGAUUUUUCAACAGCCGCAUCUCAGAUCUCCCACUGGAAAAAGUCACCAGCCCUCCCUCAGCGGGUCUCGACAAAAUGUCCACACAUUCCUCUCCAUACAGCCAGGUGACAGUGCCCCGCACGCCAACCCACCUGAGUGGGAAUGCCAGUGACACAACCAGCGUGCUGAGUGGUGAUCUGCCACCUGCCAUGGGAAAGACGUUGCUGCAUUUCUCUCAAAGGAACAGCAUAGUGAGCAGCGGCUAUGGGAGCAUGAUGAGGGACAGUGAAGCUACAGGCAGCAGCACCUCCAACAGAGAUUCUGUCAGCGACAAGAGCGGCUCUGUUCUCAGUGCGGAUCACAGCACCCGGACAUCUCAGAGGAGAGGCAACACAGGUCUUCAUCAGCAUCACCUUUCCCAUGAUACCUCUCCGUCCAUGAGACACUCGGCCAGCGGUCUCCGGGAUCGCUGGGAGGACCGUAGCAUCCCGGAGUCCUACGAGAUCAAGGUCUAUGAAAUUGAUAAUGUGCAGCGGAUGCAGAAAAGAGCAGGUGCUGGCAAACAGGGGCCUGCAUGCUUCAGCACCAAGCUGAAGUUUUUGGAGCACCAGCAGCAGCAGAUCUCAGCGCUUCGACCCAAAUACCACAAACUGAAGAGGGAUGUGGAUCAAACCGAGCACAACCUCAUGCUGGAUCCCGUCAAGUGGAACCAAGAGUUCGAACGACGGCAAAUGUGCGAGGUGGAGUCCCUGGAGCACCUGGAGGCCCUUAAGGUGGUGACAGCCCAACUGGAGAACAUAGUCAACCUCUGCAAGGCCAACAUUAGGAUGGCCACCUGCUUUGAUGUUGCCUCUGGAAGAUGGCACAAGAAGCAGCCAUCAGAAAGCAGAGAUGCAUUGUGGGAAUCUCAGAAUUUUUUUGGUAUCAUAAAAGCCAUCGGUACAUCUGGAUAAUAAAGAAAAUCUCAACACGUAUGUCUUCUGCACACUUUGUUUUUAACUUCCGCAUUUCUGCAGAUUCUGCACAAUAUGAGCCCUUUAAGAACAACAGAUUUUAAUCAUUUUCAUUUUGAGAUGAUAAACUAGAACUGUGCACACACUUGUGUUUCGGAAAGACUUUAUUUGAGCAGUUAUUGUACUUUAACAUCUGGGUUGGGUUACUUCCUCUGCAUGAGCCAACUAAGUGACCAUUAAGGCUCAUUUUGAC